GCCGGCAGCUGCGCGCGCGCGCCGCCGCCGCGGGGGCCGGACCCGCCCCGGGAGCCAGCCUCUGCCGGUCGGUGCACGGGCACGCCUGGCCUGGGCCAGGACGGCCUGGCUGUGGCCUCAGCGGCGCGCGCGGGGCCGGGCGAUUCAUCGCGUCCGACUGAUCCGCCCUGGUCGCCGCUUCGGGUGAUGAUCUCGACGUUGGGCGGCGACGUCUACGAGGAGCUCUGCGACCUCUCUGAUGGGUCGUUGUCGGCGGUGGGGUUCGAGGACGAUCGUCGGACGCGGCCCGCGGGCCUGGGCGCCGCCGACCAGCGCCGCCUCCGUCGGGCUUUGACGCCCGCCGAGAAAGGCGCGAUUCAGAACGAGCUGGAGGCCUGCGCGCGGGACGUGUCCUUGGCGAACGAACGGGCGGCUGGGCGGCCUCCCGCGGUGCCGCCAACAGGGGUCUGCGAGUAUUUCUCGUUCGCGGUGCCUGCUGCCGGCGGCGGCCCUCCCGCGCCCGCGGCUGCUGGCGCGCGCGCGGCACCCCCAGCUCCGCUGGUGGCGGCGGCCAUCGCCGUGGCGGCUGCCCCCGCGUCCGCCGGGCCCGCGGCGCACGCCGCUGCUGCGCCUGCUGCUCCCGCCGCGGCCCCGCUGGCUGGGGCCCUCCCGUUGGUCGGAGUGCUGGGGCCCAGCGCGGUCCCUGGGCCUGGAGGGCAGUGGGUCUACGUCGAGACGACCGCCGCGGUGGUGCGCGGCGAUAUCGGCUUGAAGCAAGCGCCCGAUGGCAGCUGGUCGGCUAGCAGGUGGGUCGUGACAUCGCAGGCCUCGUACCAAGGGGCCGCGGCGGCGUCGGGUGCUCGCCUCCAGCCCGUGGCGCUGCUCGCUGACGGCUCGCGGCGUCGGGUGCUGUUCCACGAGGGUGUAGAUUGGCUCAUGGAGGAGCUGUUCCCCGACUGGCCACUCGAUGGCCCCCGCGCAACGAUGUGGUGUUUGCGCUUCUUGGAUCGCAAGCGUGGGGGGGCCAUCGAGCAUUUCCACCGGUUCGUGGCGUGCUACAGGCUCUCCCGAGAGAACUUUGGCAUAUCGCAUGAGUCGAUGGUGCGCAUGGUCGACUACCUGUUGACUUGGGCCCCCCUGGACCUGCCGAGCGCGGUCGGCGUCGAGGUCAUGCUGCGGCAGGCCCAGCUGCGCGAGUACAUGUGCGCCAUGGAGUGCGAGGCUAGGAGCAAGGGCAAGCCGCACGGCGGCGGAGGCUUCCUGAAGUUCGGUUUCGUUGCCGAGGUCGGUGUCUUCACUGGCGCUGCUCGCAAGGGCGGCCGCGUGAUGGUCGCGCCGGCGCUGCCGGGGCACGCGGCCAAACGCAUGGAGCGCGACGCUGGGGUCCUUAAGCAAAUCAGACAAGCUACGGAGGAGCGUCGCGCUCUGGCGCCACGAUGGGAUGGGGCUCGGAGGCGGUGGCCCCGGGAGGGAGGGAGGGAGGGAUGGAGGGGGAGAGGGUAG